AUGAAACACUAUCUAGUCCUGAUCUGUGUAAGUUUAAUAUUCUCCAGCUUCGGUGCUAAACUACCAUCUGUGUUCAUAAAAUGUAAUCGAAAACAGGCUGAUUUCCAACAAUGUUUGACCAAAGCUGUCGAAAACGCGGUAAGACAAAUGGAUCAUCCGUUUAAAGAAGUGGGUUUAUUAAACCUUGAAUCCUUUGUAAUACCGGAGUUAACUGUAGCUGCCGGGUCUCGAGUGCUUGUAGCCCAACAAACUUUAAAAAAUAUGACACUAUCCGGCUUUAACGAAACUAAAUGUACAAAAGUGGAAUUCGAUUUUGACAAAAAUACGCUAAAACUGGAUUGUGUUGUACCACAUUUUCGCUUCGACUUCAGUUAUGAAUUAAACGGGCAAAUUUUGUUGGUUUCUAUUUAUGGAAAUGACACUGGAUGGGUUGUUAUGCAGGAUUCUCACUUUGAGCUCAGUUACCAAUUAGGAGAAUAUGAGAAGAAGGGUAAAAAAUAUUUUAACAUUGUUAAUCACCAAUUAAAAAUACAGCCAAGGAGUAUUGAUUUUGAUUUGAGGAAUCUGUUCGAUGGUGAUGAAGAAGCGGCUGAUCGUGUUAAGAAGAUAUUGAAAGACAACGCCCUUGAGAUUUAUAAAGAUAUUCAUUCUGGUUACGACGCAGCUUUUGGGAAAGUGUUUGCAACCAUUUUUGAAAGAUUUUUGACACGAGUGCCUGUUUCGAAUCUUUUUGAUUAGAAGUAGUUUUGACAACCCACGAUCAUGUAGCAAGCAAGAAACCAAGCUCUAGACAAUUAUUAUCACUGUCAAGAUAAAACUUAAAUUUCACUUGUCAUUGUUCAUUGUCCAAAAAAAAUUGUCUGAAAAUCCUUCAGAAGAAGUUUGUUGUGACGGU